AUGAAAAGUAUUGCAGUUGAUGUGGCUUUUCUUUGCUUAGGUAGUGAAUCACCUAAUAAAGAUGUAGGCGUGCACGUCUUAUUUGAUACUGCUUGGGCUUCUGCUGACGUUGAUGAGUGUUCUUAUCCAGUGGAGUUGUAUGAUAUUCUUGACAAAAAAGUGCUGUUUAAAGUGACUGUCAAGAGCUCAAACAUUAAAGUGCAUCAAGAAAUUUAUAAUGUUGUUAAAAUCAGCAAGGACGAUAACCUUAUACAACAAUAUAGUCAAUCUGCCCAAGAUGAUACAUUCACUGACCCUGAUUUUGAGUGUCAACAACACACUGAUGCAGACACAACUUUCAAGGAUCCAAUGGCUGAAAAUGUGCAAAACAUCAAGAGACAAUUCAAGGCACCGACUCUAUACCUCAAAAAACAAAAAGGCCAAUGCUUGUGCUUUCUCCUUUUGCUCGCAAAUCUGUUGAUCAAGAAUGAUGGUUGCCAAACUCUACUCGAAGUUGCUCAAGCAAACGAUUUUAUUAAUGUUGUUCGUACUAUUGAGAUGCUUGAGGAAGCUGGCGCUGGACUAACUCUAAGGAGUCUGAGGUGCUGAGCGGAGGAAUGGUUGUCGUUGUGCUAAGUUACCUCUGUUUGUAUAAGUUUCAUGCACUUUUUAUAUUACUGGUACAUUUAGUCCUUGCAUGUGUUUGUAUUUGUGCUUCAAAUUCGAUACUCUUUUAGGCAAAUUGCUAGACAGGUUUGGUUAUAUUUCUGUAAUAUUGCUGGAGUUAGAUUAACAAUGGUCAUCUAAGACAAACUAUCAUGAAUUGGUGGUUGGCUAAAGGAAGAAAUGGAGUUUACUCUGUGUUAAUCCAGUGUAUUCCGACAGUGAUUUGCUGGGAAAUAUGGUUGAACAGAUGUGCAGCAAGGUUUGAUAAUAAACCCAUGUCAGGGUGGCAUAUCAUCAGACAGGUUUCAAACUAUUUAACUUUAAUCCUUAGAUGUCAGUUUCCUAAUCUACAACUUCCACAACUCUAGAUUGACAAGUGUAAGUAUGUGGAGAAGUUAGAACUUUCUAUUCACUCUCAAGCUGUUAGAUGGAGCAAACCAGAUAGGGGCCGGGUAAAAUUAAAUGUUGAUGGGUGCAGCAAAGAUAAUCCUAAAUGGUAGAAACCAAACGUGUAUGCCACAUACUUAGUUUGGCUAAAAGAGUAUAAGGCAACUGCAGCUCAAGUUUGCCAUUGAAAAUAAUGUAUUUAUUCAAGUUAGUUUCUGGGUGAGAUGAUCAGUUUGUGUUUCUUGCUAUGAGAGACCAACCCAUUUUAUGGUUGGAAAUUAUCUUCUCAAGUCUGCUUAAGUUCAUGUGCUUAGGUGCAAUUGAUGGAUGUAUCGGAUCGUAGAAAUGACAUUAGGUAGCCACUCUAAGGGGCUGCUAUUUAAGAA